AUGCAAGUGUUGAAUCUUGUACGUUAUUUUGAGCUACAUAAGAUAAAGGAGACUAAGACAGUCAAUGAGUAUUCUAAAAGGCUCCUUAACAUAGCCAAUAAGGUCAAGUUGCUAGGUUCUUCUCUAGCAGAUUCAAGGAUUAUGGAGAAAACCCUUGUAACAGUAUUUGAAAGGUUUGAGGCUACCAUCACCACUUUAGAGAACAUGAAGGAUAUGUCAAUGAUUACUUUGACGGAACUCUUAAGUGCUCUACAAGCACAAGAGCAAAGGCGUGUAAUGAGGCAAGAAGGAGUCGUCGAAGGUGCCCUACCAGUUAAGCAUCAAGAUGAUGGAAAGAACAUGAGGCCAAAGAACAAAAAGAUUCAUGCUGCGAGUGGAGAAAGCUCUGUAUUUAGGAACAAAAGUAAAAUUGGAAAUAGAAUAUCAUGA